AUGUCUUACAUGACUGCCUUAUCACAUGCAGUUUCCGCAGGCGGACAACUGCCGAUGGGUUCCGGAUUACCGCCUGCAACCCAGGGCUACAUGUCACGGGUGUCAAGUCUACCGGAAGCCGCGUACACAGCAGCCCAGAUGUAUCCCGGUCAGAGAGCCGUAGACAACGGCGCAAACUCGUACCCCGCAAUGUCCAGUGGCGGUUUGAAGUCUGCGAGUUCCCUCGGACAACACUACUUUGUUGACGCCAUGAUGAAUCCGCACCCAUAUAGUUCACUGUACCCAGGUUUCGACAUGAGCUCUGUCCGACGUAAGAACGCCACCCGUGAGACCACUGGGCCACUUAAAGCCUGGCUAAGUCAGCACCGGAAGAACCCGUAUCCAACGAAAGGUGAAAAGGUCAUGCUCGCUAUAGCAACGCGGAUGACGUUGACUCAAGUGUCCACGUGGUUCGCGAACGCUCGCAGGCGCAUGAAGAAAGACAUCAACAGUGAUGAAGAAGAAGAUAAUAAAGAGAGUGAUGAUGACAAAGUUCGAUCCCGAAGCGGAAGUCUUUCCAGCCGCCUCUCUCAGACCAGCAGCGAGGCCGACAUCUCGCGAGAUUCCGACACUUCACAAGAACUUGACCAAUCUGACACCGACGAUAUUAUUGUCGCAAGCCGCCCCGUCAAGAAAUGCGUACAGCGUCUGUUUUCCCCAGAUUUGCGCCCAGAUUUCUCACUCGAUCCAUCUAGUUCACCCGAAAGCUUGCCAGAUCGUCAAACUGUGUCAAUCACUGACCGACUUCCGCCGAUGACUGAAAUGAUGACGUCACUUCAGUUCAAAACCGGACCCGUGACUGUUCUGACAUCAGAAAGACUUUCACCUCCCACAACAAGUAUCAGCGAAUCUCAAAAACCUAAAAUCUGGUCUAUCUCAGAGAUUAUGAACACCGCAAAUAAAACAGUAGAAACUCACCAAUCUUACUCGACAGGGGCCACACACGACUAUGCAAAUACUUACUCAGUUUACAACAACCAGGGCUACCCAUCCAAUGGGGCUACAGACUACUUCGGUUCUUACAUGAACAUGUUAUACGGUAGUGGUCAAGCGACAAACAACACUGCCCAGACCUCGGAUCCAGUACAGUAUUUAUAAAUAAAAUCAAAGUUAUGUUUUUCGCCAUUGACAGUACAUAUCGUUGCCUGUUAUGCAUAAUAAAGUGUCUUUCUUAUCAUGUA